AUGCAGCGGCAAUUUGAACAUCAGCAGCGGCAAUUGGAAAGACGGCAACGACAAGCGGAGAGUCGGCAGCGGCAAGCGGAGAGUCGGCAGGCUACACGCAGGGAAGAAGCGGCUUCGGCCGAAUUUCUCAGACGCCAGUAUCCGAAUGCCAAGAUGUGUCCACGCUGUCGCUGUGGGCCCGUCAUCAAUGAGAAUUGCUUUGACCUGCAAAGUCAUCACAAUGAAGCAUCAGGCCGCAGUCGAAUCAACAAUGCCUGUCAGCAAUGUGCCUUUUUCACCAGGGAUUGGAACGAAUGGCUUCAAUGGGACGGCGUAUUGCGACAGGGCAAUCGUUAG